AAGACAUGGCGUUUGAGAGUGAAUGAAGAGCCGAAGAGGACGCGUUGCGUUGAGAAAGAAAGCAACAAAGAACAGGCUCAUAGAUUUGUACACCAUUCUCUCAGAAACUCCUCCACAUCUGGAGUAGCUUUCCCAUUUUUUCCUUUUUGUGUUUCUUUAAUUCCAAGGUUUGGGUUGGACCAGAUGGCUGAUGGAAAUCCCCAAUCGAGGUACGUGAAGUUGACGAGGGAACAAGAAGCGCCAACGGAAGAUAUCACCCCUGGAGAGCUCAACCAACCCAUUCAAAUUCCUCAGUUAAUUGUUGAUAAGUGUGCGGAAUGUGGGCAACCCCUGCCUGAAAGAUACCAACCCCCAGCUGAUGAAGAAUGGACAACUGGGAUAUUUGGCUGUGCUGAAGAUCCUGGGAGUUGCUGGACUGGACUUUUCUGUCCUUGUGUGCUGUUUGGGCGUAAUGUUGAAACAAUACGAGAAGAUAUUCCCUGGAACAAUGCCUGUGUUUGCCAUGCCAUGUGUGUUGAAGGAGGAAUUGCAGUUGCAGCAGCAACAGGAUUCUUUCAUGGUCUUGAUCCUAAGACUUCAGUUCUCAUCUGUGAGACAUUGCUAUUUGCCUGGUGGAUGUGUGCAAUCUACACAGGUCUGUUUAGGCAGUCAUUGCAAAAGAAGUAUCAUCUCAAGGAUUCACCCUGUGAUCCAUGCCUGGUGCACUGCUGCAUGCACUGGUGUGCUUUGUGUCAAGAGCACAGGGAGAUGAGGAACCACCUAUCUGAUAAUACUUCCAAUACGAUGACCCUUGUUGCCCCUCCACCAGUUCAAGAGAUGAACUCUGGAGAGAACAAGGAUGCUGCUUCGUCUUCGGAGUCUUCAGGUCAUGAACACAAUGAUGCUGCUUCGUCUGCAGAGUCUUCUGAUCAUAAAAACACCAAUAUGGAGUUGGCCCUGCAGCCUGUGUAGAGGAUUAGCAUUUUGCUACAUAAAUGAAAAGAAUCUUUCUUUCCAUACAAUUCAAGUCUUUAGAAGAUCAACCUGUGCAGAAAUUUGAAGACCCUCAAACAUCAUUAGGAUGCAAGAUCUGUUGCUUUUGAGAAACAUCAUAUAAGUGAGGCUUUGUUAUUGUCAUCAAGUUGAUUCCUUUCUAAGGGUUUAGAAAUGUUCAUUAUUUUGACACCAAUUUCAUUGACCCAUGGAUUUUGCGUUAUAGUAGUCAAAAGUAAGAAACUCCUACUUCAAGACUGUCACAUCUGUGCAAUAUUAUCAAUUUUACUACAAAAAUUAAGCUA